AUGGGAACCAGCGGAGGCAGCAGGAUCCAUUGGCCCUCUGCUGCCGGAAACGGCCAGGCAAGGUUCCUCACGGGCCCGGGGCCUGCAGCCACCACGGAGCAUGAGGGGAGCAGGCCUGAAGGGCAAGACAGGUCCGAGGCUUCCACCAAAGCAACCAUGGCGCAGAGCGUCGACAUCCGUGCAGCCAACGCCAUCCCAUACUCCCUGCUGAAGCAGAUUUAUGGCACCAUCAAACCCAGCAAAGAGUCAGAGGGACGGGGGAAGUUUUCACGGGCAAGGUCUUACCUAGCAGUGGCUGUCCUGUGCUACAUCAACCUGGUGAACUACAUGGACUGGUUUGUUGUACCAGGAGUGCUUGAGAAGAUACAGAUCUACUUCAACCUUGGAGACAGUAAGGCCGGCCUGUUGCACACAGUUUUCAUCCUCUGUUUCUUGUUCUCGGCACCGCUGUUUGGAUACCUCGGGGACCGUUACAAUCGGAAAACCAUCCUGGGUGCUGGGAUAUUACUUUGGUCAGGAGUUACUCUUGGUAGUUCCUUCAUCGCUGAGUCGAUGGCCUGGUUAUUCUUCAUUUCGCGUGGACUGGUGGGUGCUGGCACUGCCAGCUAUUCCACAGUCGCCCCUUCCAUCAUUGCUGACUUAUUUGAGAAAGACCGCAGGACUUGGAUGCUGUCUAUCUUCUACAUUUUCAUACCAGUUGGAAGCGGCCUUGGUUACAUCAUGUCUUCUUCCAUGGAGCAAGCCACUGGACACUGGAGCUGGGGUUUCCGAGUUACACCUUGUAUGGGAAUAGUUGGCCUAGCACUCCUGGUCCUCUUGGUUCCUGAAUCUGCCCACCGUGCAGCUACGAAGCGGGUAGAAAAUGCUGGCGGACAGGGAGAGGAUUCGACUUGGUGCAAAGACGUCUCAUCCCUUUGCAGAAACUGGAGUUUUGUGUGGUCCUCGUUGGGUGUGACUGUCCUGGCCUUUGUCACGGGCGCUCUGAGCUUCUGGAUCCCCACGUUCCUCUGCAGAGCUCAGUUCCUCCAUCCCAACGUCUCUUUGUCAACAGAGGCGAAAUGCAAUGCCACCAACAGCCUGAUCUUUGGCGGCAUGACUGUUGCCAUGGGCAUUUUGGGGGUCGUCACUGGUGCAGAAGCCGCCAGAAGAUAUAAGAAGAUUAACGCCCAAGCUGACCCCAUCAUCUGCGCUGUGGGUUUGCUCGCCUCGGCACCGUGCCUGUAUCUGGCGAUCAUGCUGGCUCCGGAGAGCAUCGUGGCUACAUACAUUUUUAUUGCCCUUGGAGAAUUUCUUUUAUCUUUAAACUGGGCCAUUGUGACUGACAUACUCUUGUAUGUGGUGAAACCCGAACGCCAGUCAACAGCGAUGUCGCUGCAACUUUGUGUCAGCCAUUUGCUGGGGGACGCUGGAAGCCCAUAUCUCAUUGGCAUUAUCUCCGAUGCAGUCCAGAAGAACCAGGCGCAGCGGUCUGCCUUGUGGUCCUUCCGAAGCCUUCAGUACAGCUUUGUCUUGUGCGCCUUUGUCAGCAUCUUAGGUGGAGGCUGCUUCCUCCUGACGGCCUCCCGCAUCGAAGAGGACCGCAAGAAAGCUGCAACGCCGGUUCAAGGUAUCGAGAACAAAGGCUACCUCUCGCAUGAAAAGCAGCUGCACGAACUUCCUGCAGAGUAG